GAGGGUCCGCGGCAGAUGUUUCCAGGGAUCAGUGCGGGACCCGUGUCUCCACCGUGCGGACCGGAGGGUCCCUCCAGGGGAGUGUUGGCUCCUCUCAUCCCCUCAGCCCACAGCUGAGCACGGGCAGUUCCUGCCUGUCCCACCCCCAGGAUAAAUCCGGAAUCCACCUCCUCUCGCCACUACCCUUGUCCACACCGUCGUUUCCCCCUGGCUGAACUGCUUUCCUCCUUGGUUUCUGUUCUCCCACGCUUGCCUUUCUAAAGCAUUCUCAACGCCAGGGCGACUCGGUCCAGUAAUGACACCCGCUGCCCAGAAGCCUCCGGAGCGUCUUGAUCUCGUUCACAACAAAAGCCAACAUCCUUACCCCGGCGAUGAGCUGCCCCGCCCUCGCCCCACCUCCUUCUCGCUGCAUCUCCAGCGCCCUGUGCGGCCGGCCGUCCUGGCUCCCGGUGGUCACUCAGACAUGCCAGGCACUCUCCUACCUCGGGGCUUUGAAAUUGCUAUUCCCUCUGCGCAGAAUGCUCUUCCCCAUGCUUAGCACUGUCACCGCCCUCAGAAUGAUGGCUGUUUUGGUACUUCAGGAGGAAUUCGUUCUUUUCAGCUUCACAACUGGAAACAGAAAGUUAGUCAGCCUAAGAAAGCAGAAUUCAUACGCACAGCCGAAAAAUUAAAAAAUCUAGUUACUAACAUAGAAAAAGAUAAACACAGUCAUUUCUACAACCAAAAAAGUGACUUCAGAAUUGAGCAUAGUAUGCUGGAAGAAUUGGAAAAUAAAUUGAUUAACAGCAGGAAAACAGAAAGAUCAAAAAUCCAGCAACAAUUGGCCAAAAUACACAAUAAUGUAAAGAAACUUCAGCAUCAGUUAAAAGAUGUGAAGCCUACACCUAGUUUUGUUGAAAAGCUCAGAGAAAUGAUGGAAGAAAUCGAAAAUGCAAUUAACACUUUUAAGGAGGAGCAGAGAUUGAUAUAUGAAGAGCUUAUUAAAGAAGAGAAAAUAACUAAUAAUGAGUUGAGCGCCAUAUCAAGGAAGAUUGACACAUGGGCUUUGGGUAGUUCAGAAACAGAGAAAGCUUUCAGAGUGAUGUCGGGCAAAGUUCCUGUAGACAAAUUAGCACCAAGUACGCUUCCAGAAGAAGUUGUGGAUUUUGAAAAAUUCCUUCAGCAAACAGGAGGGCGACAAGGGGGCUGGGAUGAUUAUGAUCACCAGAACUUUGUAAAAGUGAGAAACAAACAUAAAGGGAAGCCAACAUUUAUGGGAGAAGUUCUAGAACAUCUUCCUGGAAGAACACAGGAUGAAGUUGAACAGCAUGAGAAAUGGUAUCAAAAGUUUCUGGCCCUAGAAGAAAGGAAAAAAGAGUCUAUUCAGAAUUGGAAAACUAAAAAAUUUCAAAAAAAGGAGGAAAUUUUCAAGGAAAAGGCAGAGGAUAUACCUAUGCUUUUUCAUAACAAACAAGAAGAUAAUCAAAAGCAAAAAGAGGAACAAAGAAAGCAGCAGAAAUUGGCAGUGGAAGCUUGGAAAAAACAGAAAAGUAUAGAAAUGUCAAUGAAAUAUGCGUCCCAGUUAAAAGAAGAGGAAGAGAAAGAGAAAAGGCAGCAGAAAGAGCGCCAACGCCAGUUUAAACUAAAAUUACUACUAGAAAACUACACCCAGCAGAAGAAAGAACAGGAAGAAUUUUUAAGACUUGAAAAGGAGAUAAGAGAAAAGACAGAAAAGGCAGAAAAAAGGAAAACUGUUGCUGAUGAAAUUUCCAGAUUUCAAGAAAGAGAUUUACGUAAACUUGAACUGAAAAUUCUUGAUAGACAGUCAAAAGAAGAUGAAAAGGCAGAAAAACAAAGAAGACUGGCAAAAUUAAAAAAAAAGGUUGAAAACAAUGUUAGCAGAGAUCCUGCUAGGCUUUACAAACCUACCAAAGGUUGGGAAGAACGGACCAAAAACUUAGGACCAACAGGCUCUGGGCCACUUCUACAUAUCCCACAUAGGGCUAUUCCAACCUGGAGACAAGGAGUUUAGAAAAGAAUAUGAGAUAGUGGAACUGGUAUUCAGUUGAUGGGAAUGUUAGCAUAUUCAGCUUGAAUAGAACAGAGUGAUUAACCACAUGUGUUUUUAAAUAUCACUAGCUUACACAGACUGAUUAUGGUGUUGUAUGUGAAUUGACAGAUGUUAAGUUCCAAGUAGUAUUGUCAUUAGUAUUUCCUGUUUAUAGCAAGUGGGUAUGUAAUGUGUAUGUUGGCCUAUUAUUAUGUAAAAGUUUUUUGAAUAAGUUUAUGUUACAAAUACUAUUUCAUUUAAAUAUUCAGAACAUUUCAAAGAUACUUUGUUUUUGGCAUGGCACAGCAAAAUAAGUUUGGACAAUCACAGAAUGACAUUUUCAAACCAAAAUUUUGUAACAUUUAUAUUUUGGAGGUAAGUUAGCUUGAGUAACAAAAAUGUAAAGUUUUUUUUGGUUUGAAUUUUGAAAUAAGUUAGUACUUUUUCUAAUUUAACAAACUGGUAGUUUAUCAGUUACUACAUUUUUAUGUAAUAAAUAUUUUGUAUUUGUUCGAAGCAUGCUUUGUUUUAUAUAAAGUAUUUAUAUUAAAAAUAUGCCUCACAGUUCACACCUCA